UUUUCUUUUUUUUUUUUUUCGGGGGGCUGAAACUGACACACACAAUGAGUCGGGGAGGAACAACGGCCUGAGAAAAUCCUGUAAAUAAACACAAGAAUCCGAAGAAUAUGGAGGAUCAGUGCACGGUACAGGUGAAGCUGGAACUGGGCCACCGUGCUCAGCUGCGGAAGAAGGCCACAUCCGAGGGCUUCACACACGACUGGAUGGUUUUCGUGCGAGGGCCCGAGAACAGCGACAUCCAGCACUUUGUAGACAAAGUCAUCUUCCGCCUGCACGAGAGCUUCCCCAAGCCCAAGAGAGUGUGUAAGGAGCCUCCGUAUAAAGUAGAAGAGUCAGGAUACGCAGGAUUUCUAAUGCCUAUAGAGGUCUACUUUAAAAACAAGGAGGAGCCGAAGAAGGUUCUCUUUAACUACGACCUCUUCCUGAACCUGGAGGGCAACCCGCCUGUCAAUCACCUGCGCUGUGAGAAACUCACCUUCAACAACCCGACCCGAGACUUCCGCAAGAAACUGGUCAGAGCUGGAGGAAUCAUCGUGGUGCCCGAAGGGGCGGAGUUAGUGUCCAGGCCGAGUCCAGAUUACCCCAUGCUUCCCACAAUCCCUCUGUCUGCCUUCUCCGACCCCAAGAAGAGCAAAAGCUCCCAGGGACCCAAGGAGCUCACUAAAGAUAACACCGUCAUAUCGAAAACCCCGAAACCUCACAAAUUGGCCAAGGAGCACCGCGAGCGUCCACGGAAGGACUCCGAGAGCAAGAGCUCGUCUAAGGGAGACGCCGAACGAGACAGCAGCAGCAAAAGCAGCCGCGAGCCUUCGUCCUUCUCGUCGUCCUCCUCUUCAAAGAAGCCCGAGAACAAAGUAAAAGAAGAGAGCAAAGCUCCUCCCAAAGCUGCUUUCAAAGAGCCCAAGCUGAAGGAGCCCAAGAUGGAAGGAACGAGCCCUAAAGGAGGCGGUCCAGGUGGUGGAGGAGGGGGAGGAGGAGGGGGAGGGACCGAGAGCAAAUCGAGUAAGCGCCCUUCCAAUGCCGACUCCCCAAAGUCUAGCAUUAAGAAGCCCAAAAAGGGAGGCGGAGAAAGCCAGAAAAGUUCAGGAGGCGGGGUUUUUCCAGGCACCUCCCCCCGAGUCUCGUCGUCGUCAUCCUCCUCCUCCUCCAUGGCCCCGACGUCGGGGUUUGGGGAAAAGAAAAGCUCGAAGCAAAGAGGGUCCUGGAUCAAGGGCAAACCAGAGACCCCGGAGGUCAAAGAGCAGAAGAAACCGCCCGAGUCAGACGAGUCGAACUCUGAUGACGAGCUCUCGUCCAAGUCUGAGGUCAGAGCGAGAUCAGCGCUGCAGAUGCAGUCGGCUCCCUCCAGUCCCUCGAACUCCAGCUCCAGUUCAGAGUCCAGCUCUGACUCGGACUUUGAGCCGCAACAGAAACAAGGCCAAGGUGACGGGGAGGAAAAGUCCAGACCCGUGUCUGAGGCAGGAGAAGGUUGUGAAGAAGGGCUACGACAAGGUAGGAAGGGCUUACACAGAAGAGUUAGUGGACCUCCAUCGCAGAUUAAUGGCACUGAGAGAGCGAAAUGUCCUCCAGCAGAUUGUGAACCUGAUCGAGGAAACGGGCCACUUCAACGUCACCAACACCACAUUCGACUUCGACUUGUUCUCUCUGGACGAGUCGACCGUGCGCAAACUGCAGAGCUACCUCGAGGCCACGGCCACGUGACAGGAAGCGGGGCAGGUCCGAGGGGGGGGCGGAGCUUGCCCUCAUUCUCCGCACCGGGCUUGAGGGUGGGCUCAAAGGCGUAGCUGGUGGGGGAGGAAAAAAGGAAAGCAGUGGCGUGAACAAAAUCCACAGCGACAUGUCGUGAAGACGAAGAGGCGGAGACGGAGAGAGUGAAGUGAUGACGUCGGAGCGGCGCUUCCCGUCGAAGUGAUGAUGUUCCGGGAGCUGUGUGAUGAACAGCUCGGCUGUCCUCUUGCUUUUCAGUUUGCUCACAAUGCAAACCACAGCCUGCAAAAGUGUGCGUGUGUGUGUGUGUGUGUGAGAGAGAGAGAGAGGAGUGUGUCCUGUCCUUUUCAUGCUUCCUUCACUACUCUUCCUCCAGCACUUGAGCGUUCGUCCUGAAAGUAGCCAUGCUCUGACAUCCUGCUCUUUUUUAAUAUUUUUUAUUUUUGUACAGAAGUAUUUUUGAUGGACGGAGACAAGAGAGAGAAUGUGCGAAUGUCUGUUUUUGUCGCCUAGGGCUAGCGCUUAGUGCCUUUUCCCACCAACCAGCCGACUGCCUGUGUUCGAGAGCAGAUUUGAAAGCGUCGUGUGGCCCUCGGUGUUGCUAACGAAGCGCGCACACACCCACGCAUCCUCCUUUCUCCAUGCCUCACGCCUGCAAAACUAGUGUUUCCCUCCGACUGUGUCCUCUUUAAACCCGGAGAUCAGCGUCUCCCGGUUUUUCGCCAGUGAGUAUUAACGACUGUGUUUGCCAAGUAGGCCUUUUAGAGACUCCUUGAAUAUUGUACAUAGAGGCGUACAAUGCGUGGAAGUAUUCGGGGAUCAUGGUGGGCUUUUGUUAGUUUUUUCAGCGUUUUUCGUUUUGUCAUGUCGACAUCAUGCUUAAUCAGGAAGAGAGCGAGAGAAUCAUUGGGAAAAGGACGUGAGGUCUAAUGGCGAAGUGCAGACGUCCAGAGAGGCCGGGCUGUCCGUAAAACGACGUCUCGUGAGCCCGAGAUCGUCGAUGUGAAAUGAAUUUGGUUACCAUUUUAAUAAAUGGAACCGAAUGGUGGGCGCCUAAAUUUUUACACCUAGGCACUUUGAGCUGAUAAUCAGCGUUGCUUACUACGUUGCUUGAAUUGAACCAAAUGGUUCGUUUAAAAUUGCAUACGUCAAUGCGUUUAAGAUUUUACAUGAGCGUCAGUUAACUUUUUUAAUUUUUCUUAAUUAUUUUGAUGAGUUUUAAUUUGAGAGCUCCGAGAUGCAACAGAAUCCGAUAUCGGAAAACGACAUGGUAGGUGGAGGUAAAAUUCGCCACGACGGCUAAUGGGCAACUAUUAUAAGGUAGUUGCUAUGGUUACGUCUUGGUGGGCGGUCCUUCUCCAUUCGCCAUGUAGCUUUUAAUUUGUAUUCAAUUAAUACUGUAAUGUCUGUCGUUGAACGGUGCGUCAACGAAGCGUAGAAAUACUGGUUGUUGAUGCUCGUUGUCAUGGUUACAUGUCAGAAACGAGCAUCUUCUGCUGAACAAUUCAGGUUAAUUAAUCGAAGUGAGUCGAGGCUGCCUCAAAUCGCACUCUGUAACCUCAUGAAAUUCUUUACAUGCAAAUGUAGUAAAUAGUUUUUGCAGGCGAGACGUUUAUUUCAAGCGUUUACGACCGUACAGACGGAGACAGACGUGACGCUACGGUUCAGGAUUUCGGCGACGACGGGACAUUUGAGUAGAGGUUUUCUAGGAGACGCUAAAGCGACGAUUUGUUUAAAUGAUUCCUUUGAUUUGGUUCGAAUGAUUCCUGGAACGUGUGGUCUGACGUUUUACUGAUGACCCACAAGGUAAAGAAUAGUUGUGUGUUUGUUUAGAGGCAUUACAAAAAUUCUAAUGAAUCACGGGGAAAAAAGGAAGUCACCGAGAUCGUUGGUCGCUCUCAUAUGAUGUGUACAGGGCUGAUACAGUUAGCAAGAGUCACAUGUUAUUUAUGAUUUACAUUUAAUCAGCUUUAUAAGCUAUCUAUAGCUACUUAAACCUUUCUCGUUGCUGGACAAGCCACGCCCACAAGAAACACAAAUGACUCGUCAGUCACUCAUUUGAACAGAGGGUGAGGCUACAAAUCCUGCCUCUUCUGUACUUUUUCCUGUACACUCGACGGUUAUGUAUACUCCAGGUAGGGCAACUACUGUCCUAAGUUGUGCACUAGUGUGUGAUUUGAGACGCAGCUCGAUACUGAUGAACACUUUACACAUCCAGCGUUCGGUAGGAAGAAGUUAUGUUAUGAGGAAGUAGUUGUGAUUUGAGGAUAUGCAGACAUGCAACCUCUCUGGACGUCCGCAAUGAAGUCGUUAUGUUCACAUCCCCUUAAAGAGCAACGAGAUUUUUUUUCCCUCCUCCUCCUCCCUUCUUUUUCCCCUCUUCACUUUGGCUCUCGUGUUUGUCUUCUUUAUUCUCCACGACUGGCAUUCGGCUUUCUAAUGCUAAUAGCUUUAAGUGGCUCUACAGCCCCCACGCCCUUUCCUUGUGUGUGUGUGUGUGUGUGUGUGUGUGUGUGUGUGUGUGUGUGUGUGGUUUGAAGUCAUGAUUGGCUGUAGUACCUUUUCCCAUCACUGUACUUUUUUUUGUUUGUUUUUAAGAUUUAAAAACUUAACUGUGUGUGUCUGAGUGAAAAGAGAGGUGUGUGCAUCAUUCAGUCCUCUAUUGUGCAUGAACUUUUGACUCCCCCAAGUCCGGGUUCAUGAACUCUUUGACCGGACACUUUGAAUCAUAAAAAGGGGAUAAGUCAUGGGGGGGGGGGGUCCAGAAGUGGGCGGAGCUACUUGGAGUUUGAUUGACGUCUCUGAGAAGUGACCUGAGACCAGUCAGCGUGCGUUAUGAUUUUUUUUUUUUUUUUUUUUUUUUUUAAAUUUGUAUACCUCUGCACUUUUUUUGGCUGUGGUGACUCGAGUACUUAAUUAUCUGAACUGUAUUUUUAAAGAAAAUUUAUACGAUAUUUACAUGCAAUAUGCUUUUAAUUGUUUUUUGUUUGUUUGUUUGUUUUGUUUCCUAUCACUAUUAUUUCACGUCGGCAUGUUUGUGACUGCAGGUUAGGCCCCGAGACUGUUAUUUGUUGUUUUUGUUGUUGUUAUCUUCCUGCGGCGCCUCAGAAUCCACUACGAGCCUCGAAGAGCAAAACUUUUCCUCGAGUGACGGAGCAAAUGCCGCUGCCACCGCCGCACUGUGCACCGCUCAUCCGUAUCUACUUGUUUGAAGUAUCCUGAAGGAGCAUUAAACACUAAUCAUCACUUUUCACGUUCAUACGGACUUCACUUUCCUAAAGGACACGCAGCAUGGGAUUUGAACUCGCGACCUUCUGAUGUCACUUCCCUUCACCGUUUCCGUCUACACGUGUGUACAGUAAACAUUCUGGACGUUUUUCUCUCAUCAGUCACUGUAAUGGUUGCUCCUUCAUCUCCAGACGCUCUCAGUGCAUCAUGGGAUAUCGCUCAGAGACUGAGAGAGAGUUUUCUCUUGCCACUCAGUGCUGGUAUGUUUGUAUUUGGGGAUUAAACAUGUUCGGACAAUGUGUUUUGUUUGUUUUUGUUUGUUGGUUAAAAAAAAAAGACGGCCGCAUGGAACAAAGUCGCAGCUUUGUUGGGAACUCAGUGCCACCAUGUGGUCAUUUAAUGCAAGCGGGACGCACGAGGAUGAACGAUGUUACCUUUGUAAUGGUUUUUUUCGCAUAAAAAGUCAUGAUUUAAUAAACUCAUCGAGUCGUGUACUCGUUCAGUGUUUCCGCUCGUCCUGUUCACACUCCCUCAUGUACGUGGUGGACUUAAGCAUACAAUAAAUACGUUUUCUGAGUGUAA